AUGGCCAACUCCCCUCACGGUGGUAUAUUGAAGGAUCUCGUUGCUCGAGAUGCCCCUAGACAUUCAGAGUUACAGGAGGAAGCUAGAAAUUUAGGUGAUAUCUUCCUUACCGAGAGGCAAUUAUGUGAUCUCGAAUUAAUCUUGAACGGUGGUUUCUCUCCUCUUGAAGGAUUCAUGAAUGAGAGAGAUUAUAUCUCCGUCCGAGACACCCUCCGACUCGAACCCGUUCACGGUCAAAGACAAGGAACUCUCUUCCCUAUGCCUAUCACCCUGGACGUCUCAAAGGAAGAUAUCGCAAAGUUGAAUUUGAAAGAAGGUGCUAGAGUCGCUUUGAGAGAUCCUAGAGAUGAUGCUGCUUUGGCUAUUUUGACUGUCUCCGACAUCUACACACCUGACAAGCAUCUCGAAGCUGAGAACGUCAUGGGAGCCGAUGAUAUCGCUCAUCCAGCUGUCGCAUACUUGCACAACACCGUUAAAGAGUUCUACGUCGGUGGUAAAGUUGACGCUAUCGCUGCUCCUACUCACUACGAUUACGUUCCUUUGAGAUUCACCCCAUCCGAACUCCGAGCGCACUUCCACAAAUUGGCGUGGAGAAAAGUCGUCGCUUUCCAAACUCGAAACCCCAUGCAUCGAGCGCACAGAGAGUUGACCGUCAGAGCUGCCCGACAACGACGAGCCAACGUCCUUAUUCACCCCGUGGUCGGAUUGACCAAGCCUGGAGAUGUCGAUCAUUACACACGUGUGAGAGCCUACCAAGCUCUCAUGCCUUCUUACCCCGAGGGAAUGGCCCACUUGGCCUUGUUGCCUUUGGCUAUGCGAAUGGCUGGUCCAAGAGAAGCUGUGUGGCACGCUAUUAUCAGAAAGAACUUUGGUGCUACUCACUUUAUUGUCGGAAGAGACCACGCUGGACCCGGUAAGAACUCUCAAGGCAAAGACUUCUACGGCCCAUACGACGCUCAAGAGCUCGUCACUCAAUUCAAAGACGAAUUAUCCAUCGAAAUGGUUCCUUUCCAAGCUAUGACCUACCUUCCUGGUACCGACGAAUACCAACCAGUUGAUGAAGUACCUAAAGGAACCGUCACUGCUGAUAUCUCCGGAACCGAACUUAGAAAGAGACUUAGGACCGGUGCUUCCAUCCCCGAUUGGUUCUCUUACACCGGCGUAGUGAAAGUAUUAAGGGAUUCAUACCCUCCUCGACCUAAGCAGGGUUUCACCAUCUUGAUCAGUGGAUUACACAACUCUGGUAAAGACACUAUCGCUAGAGCUUUACAAGUCACUUUACAACAACAGGGUUCUCGAUCCGUUUCUUUAUUAUUGGGAGAAGAGUUAAGGGGCGAUUUGGAUCCAAAGAUAAAUCGAGCUAUUACACCUGAACAGAAACAUAUCAACCUCCAAAGAAUCGCAUUUGUCGCUUCGGAAUUGACCAAAGCUGGUGCUGCCGUUAUUGCCGCCCCUGUUGCCCCCUAUGAAAAAUCAAGACAAGCCAUUAGGAAAAUCGUUAAUGGAAACUUCUUCUUGGUUCACGUUGCGACUCCCCUCGAAUGGUGUGAGAAAGUAGACAGAAGAGGAUUAUACAAAAGAGCCAGAUCGGGUGAACUCAAAAACUUGACUGGGGUGGAUGAUAUCUACGAACCUCCCACAGACGCAGAUUUGGUUUGUGAUCUUAGGCAUGAUACUGUUCCUGAAAUCGUUCACUCUAUCAUCAUGAUUCUCGAAGGUGAAAAUCUCAUCUAA